AUGCUACCCACACCAUGGACUACCAAUCUGAUAGUAGAUGCAGCUGCUGGUAGUUCUUUAAGCAGCAAGACACCAAAGCAAGCCCAAAGCUUGAUAGAGGAGAUGGCCACAAACAAUUACCAGUGGCACAUUACUAGGAGCAGGACGGGAUGUCAAGGGAGUGUAGACUAUAUGGGCAGUCAGCCUAGGCAGCAGAACAACCUGUAUAGCAACACUUAUAAUCCGGUAGAUUCAAGCAAAAAGGCGCAAGUCGAGCAACAGUUUGGUAAACUUCUUAAUGUAUUUAAACAACUGCACAUAAACUUACCUUUUGUUGAAGCUAUUUCACAGAUGUCUAGGUAUGCGAAGUUCUUAGAGGAGAUCCUUAGCAACAAAAGGAAGUUUGAGGACUUGUCAUUCGUGACGCUAAAAAAGGAAUGUUCAGCGAUUUUCCAAAACAAGUUACCGGAAAAGAAACAAGAUCCAAGGAGUUUUACUAUCCCUUGUGGUAUAGGUGACUUAACUAUUAGUGAUGCUUUAGCUGAUUUAGGAGCUAGCAUUAAUGUAAUUCCAUACAACCUAUUUGCUAAGUUGGGGCUGGGAGAGACAAAACACACUAGGAUGAGUAUACAACUAGCUGAUAGGUCAGUCAAGUAUCCUAAGGGUGUUGUAGAGAAUGUGCUUGUUAAGGUGGAUAAAUUUAUAUUUUCUGUUGACUUUGUAAUCUUAGACAUGGAUGGUGGGAGUAGUGUACCUUUGAUUCUAGGUAGACCUUUCCUUGCAACAUCUAGGGCGAUUAUAGAUAUUUGUGAUGGAAAGCUUGAACUUAGGUUGCAGAAAAUGUUGGUUGAAGACCCUCUACAAGUCACUUUGCCAAUGGAAGAUAAGCAUGAGCUGUCAAAUGAGAAUGUGUUGGAGCAACUUGCAUUUUUGUUAGCUAAUGAACCAAGCAAGAAUACUGAUAAGUUUAUUGUAAUUGACAGGGUAGGUGUGCAGAAGUUGAGGUCAUCAAUUGAGGAACCACCAGUUCUUGAGUUGAAAGAGCUCCCAAAGCAUAUCGAUUAUGCAUAUCAAGACAAAGACAAUAAUUUGCCUGACAUUUCAGCAGCAGACUUGACACCCGAGGUAAGGGAGAUGACAUUAUCCUCUCUAAGGAAGUACCAAAAGGCGUUUGCUUGGGAGAUGACGUUUCUUCUUUUUUAA